UUUAAGUUGAAGAAGGGUGAUUAAUUUCCAAGCUUAACUACCACGUCAUUGCUAAAUCCCUAGCACUUUCUCUCCUCUUUCUACACCGCUAAUUAUUAUUUAUAGUAAUGGAAAACCACCACCACCGUGAAUUAUCCUUCUUAAGCUCCUCCGGCGACUUCCUCCACAACAACAGUAUAGAUCCUCCGAUCAAAGAAAUGGAUUUCUUCUCAUCAUCACCUAACAAAAACAAUAAAGAAGAUGAUCUUGAUCAACAUGGCAGCAUCAUCAAAGAAGUAUCACCAUUACCAACACUACUACUCACUCAUCAUGACCCUGUUAACACUGGAUUGAAUUUAAUGUGUUCAAGUGCUGCAGUUUCAAAAGAAGAAAAUCUUGAAAAUUCUGAAACUGAGAUGAGUAUACUUGAAAGUGAAUUGAGGAGGGUGCAAGAAGAGAAUCAUAAAUUAAGAAUUAUGUUAGAACAAAUUACCAAAAGCUAUAGCCAACUACAAGCUCAGUUGUUCAUCACUUUGCAGAAACAAAAACCAAACCAUGGUCAGAAUAUGGAAGAAAAUCAUGGGAUGGUAUCAGAACAAAUUUUUUUGAAUAAUAAUAAUGCAUCGGUUUCGGAUGGAAAACAGGCUUGUCCUCAUGAUCAUCCUGCAGAAGAUUCCUCACACUCAUCCAAGUUAGAAGAACCCACACAAGACCUAAUUCCUUUCAAAAAAGCCAGGGUUUCCAUACGUGCAAGAUCAGAAGCUCCCCUGAUCAGCGAUGGAUGUCAGUGGAGGAAAUAUGGACAAAAAAUGGCCAAGGGUAACCCUUGUCCUCGUGCCUACUAUCGUUGCACUAUGGCUGUAGGAUGUCCAGUUCGCAAACAGGUCCAAAGAUGUGCAGAAGACAAGACAAUACUAAUAACAACAUAUGAAGGCAACCACAAUCACCCACUCCCACCAGCUGCAACUGCCAUAGCACACACAACAUCAGCAGCUGCAGCAAUGCUGCUAUCAAGUUCAACCUCAUCAACACUAAGAAAGGAAUCAGCAACAGGUUAUUUAUCUAAUUCAUUUCCCUAUGCAACAAUGGCAACCUCAACCCUAUCAGCUUCUCAGCCCUUCCCAACAAUCACCCUCGACUUCACACAAAACCAUAACCUCUCCAUGCAUCAUAACCGAGUUCCUCUACCAUUGUUCUUCUCACACAAGCUACCACCAUUACUUCAACUAGGGCAACCGCCACCUUCAUCUAUGGUUGAGAGUGUUAGUGCAGCCAUUUCUUCAGAUCCAAAUUUUACUACAGCUUUGGCCGCAGCGAUUUCAUCAAUCAUUGGACCACAAAGAAGUGGUGAUGGUAAUAAUAAUCUUGCAGGCGUAGUUCCAGGUUCACCUCAGCUUCCUCAAUCGUGCACUACAUUCUCUACCAAUUAGAUAACUAUAUAUGUGCUUUCUCUAUGUAGUAUGUACAGGAAGAGAAGAGAUGAUUAAGCAUGCGUUUUACUUUUCUUUGUUCACUAUAUAUAUAUGUAAGGAAAUUAAAUUAAAUAUCAACAUAUGAAUAAGUGGAAUGUUCGUGCAUUGUCCUUACCGAUUGAGAUAAACUUACCUUUUAAAA